GUUUUAUGAAACAAACAAAGCCUUUACCGUCCUCAACCGAAACACUCAGACAUCUGUGAUGUCUGCUUGCCGGGGCAGUGGUCCUCUCACCCCCUUCAGAGUAAAGGGCCAGCAGUCGGCAGUCACAGGACAAGUAGUGAGACAGGAAGGUCUGCGAGGAUCCCACCCCCGCCGCCGGAUCGCCCAGUUGUGCCCGGAGCGCCGGGGGUCACGGAGCGGCGCCCUCCUCCCCCGCGCGGGGAAAGCGCUGCGCCCCGCUGAGCCGCGACCCCAGCUUGACUCGGCUGCGCCUGCGCCGGCGCCAGCACCAGGGCGGGCAGCGCAGGGUCACCCGUGGGUCACGACUCCCUCGGCUCCGCUGCAGGGCGGGGGUCACGGCGCCCUCCCCCACCCACCCCGCACCCCGCGAUCCGCAGGCCUGCUCCUUCCAGCGCUCGAGAACGCAAAGCUCCAGGCCUUUCUGACCCCGCACUGCGCACCCCAGAAACCCCAGGUCCCCCGGGACGCCCGGGACUCCUCGGACCCGCAGAUGCCACGUACACCAGAUCUCCCACAGACCCCUCAGCUCCCCCGGCUUCCGCGGUUGCCCCGGAGGCUGAGGGGCGCGGGUCCCCGGGACGGCUUGUGGGCGGGGCCUCGCGGGGAUUGGCCGCGGCCUGGAUACUUUGUAGCACCCGCACCUUCUGCGCUGCCCCGCGCCUCCUCGCCAGCCCCGGGUGCGCGCCAAGCACGUGCGCCAGGGCUGAAGGGGUCCCGGAGGAGUGGCCACGACCCAGCACAGGAUGCAGAGCUUCCUGACUCUGCUGAAGGAGCAUGAGGACACCCACGCACCCCCAGCAGAGCUGGUAACCCUUGCAGGCAGACUGUGCCGAGAUUUCCAGGAUGACCUUGCCCAAGUGCAGCCUUUGGUCGCAGCCAUUCUGGACAGCCCCCUCCGCCUGCACCUGCUGGACAAUGCAGAUGUGGCCCUGGCGUGUGCUCGUGUCCUGGACCAGCAGGAGCAGCAGCAGGCAGCUUGCCGGCUCCUGGAGG